AUGGCGGACAACAAGGUCUACCGCGCCAGCACCACGGCGCCUGUCAACAUCGCCGUCGUCAAGUACUGGGGCAAGCGCGACCCCAAGCUCAAUCUCCCUACCAACAGCUCUCUCUCCGUUACCCUCUCUCAGGCCGACCUCCGAACCCUGACCACCGCGUCCUGCUCCGCGUCCUACACCGAUGGCGACUCCCUUAUUUUGAACGGCGAAUCCUCCGAUGUCUCGGGCGCCCGCACACAAGCCUGCUUCCGCGAGCUGCGUGCCCGUCGCGCUGCUCUCGAGGAGAAGAACCCCUCCCUCCCCAAGCUCUCGACCUUCCCCUUGAGAAUUGUCACCGAGAACAACUUCCCCACCGCUGCAGGUCUUGCUUCCUCUGCAGCUGGCUUCGCCGCCCUCGUCCGCGCCAUUGCCGACCUCUACGAACUCCCCGAUUCUCCUUCUGAGCUGUCCCUCGUCGCUAGACAGGGCUCCGGAUCUGCGUGCCGCAGCUUGUUUGGCGGUUAUGUCGCGUGGAGAAUGGGAGAGCAGGCCGACGGCUCCGACUCCAAGGCGGACCUCGUUGCCGAGGCUUCGCACUGGCCUCAGAUGCGCGCUCUGAUCCUCGUCGUCAGUGCAGCCAAGAAGGGUGUUUCCUCAACGUCUGGCAUGCAGCAGACCGUUGCGACCUCCGGUCUGUUCAAGCAGCGCGUCACGGAGGUUGUACCGAAGCACAUGGCAGAGAUGGAAGACGCCAUCGCCAAGCGCGACUUUGCCAAGUUCGCCGAGGUGACGAUGAAGGACUCCAACUCAUUCCACUCUUCUUGCUCCGACACCUACCCUCCUAUUUUCUACAUGAACGACGUUUCCCGCGCUGCCAUCCGUGCCGUCGAGCAGAUCAACGCCGCUGCCGGCAAGACUGUUGCGGCCUAUACCUUUGACGCUGGCCCGAACGCCGUCAUUUACUACCUUGAGGAGAACACUGCCACCGUCGUUGGUGCCUUCUCCUCUAUCCUCGGCUCUGUGAGCGGCUGGAAGGACGGCUCUGCAGACCUCAAGUCCACUGCCACCCUGGACGAGACUGUUGCCGAUAUCAUUAAGGGCGGCGUCAGCCAUAUUAUUCAGACUGGCGUUGGCGAGGGUCCCAUCAAGUCGGAUAUCUACCUCGUCGGAGAGGAUGGCCAGCCCGCCAAGCGGUAG